UAUAUAACAAUGUGGAGUACACGAUUAUUUAUUUCCUGUCGUUCGAACUUUGAGGAAGUACACUUGGCAAGAAGUUCAUCUUCUUGGAUUGCUUAAAGGUUUUUAAAUACCAGAUAUCAUUAAGUCAUACUAUGAACAAUCCCGAGAGAAAGAAUUAUUUGAGAUUAUUGACAUUUUGUUUUGGGCAAACCCAGGAUGUUAUUAGACAGCACUUUGAACGAGUAGUUUUGGAUAAGAUUACAUUUUCGAAAUUUUUAGAGAACUACAGACAUGAACUCUUCCAUAGAUAUAUCAUUGAUACACCUUGUUGUGGGUGUACAACUUUUAGAAAACAAUCACGAUGUCAUAAACUGAGACAACGACAGUUUGAAGUACUGUAUUACAUCAAAGGGAAAUCAACUAAGGGCCAUUUCAAAAUUGAAAAUGGUGUUGUGUUGCAACAUUGUAUUUGCAGAUACUUACCAAAAGACGAUAUAGAUGUGUCGGUGUUAGAUAUAACUCUUGCAUGUGCUAUUGUUAGAGAGUGUUGUGAUUUGGAUGAAUCUCAAGUUAAAUGGCUGAACAGUUUGCGUGAUGUUCGAAACGAACUUGCUCACACAGCAGAAGUUUCUGAAGAUCAGUUUCAAAAACUAUGGGAUAUCCUAGAAACAGCUGUUAUUGGCUUGGCCGGGGAUGUUGGAGAGUUCUUCAAAAAAGAACAAAAGAAGCAAAUUCGGUCGAUUCAGGAAGAAUUUUCAACGGAUUAUCUCAAAGAUAUUCUUCAGGAGACAGACACUUAUAGGAUGACUCGCAGUCUUAAACAGACACUUCUGGAACUAAUAGAUGCGGAAAAUGUGGUUUUACCAGCUAUUCACGAAGCCGACAAAGUCAGUGCACUCAACACAGCCAGUGAAUCUGUGGGUAUCAUUCGUGGUCAGUUUACGAACAGUAGUUGUUGGCGUGUUGGACAGAAUUUUAUCAUGACCGUUUGGCAUGGUAUAGAGCAGCAGAUAAGAGGUCAUGAUAACAAAAUGAAUGAGCAUAAGUUGAAGGAUAUGACUGUAGAAUUCUGCAACAAGAAACGGUUCAAUAUCAAACCAUCUAUAGUUUAUCAGAGCAAGGAAUUGGACACCGUUGUUUUACAGAUAGAUGCUGCAAGCAGAAAUCUUCCCCCACCUUUUACAAAGUUUGCCAUUGUUGAUCCAGAGAAGGACGACGGCGCACUUGUUCAUUUGAUAGCACAUAUUGAAAAGAAACAGAUUCAUUUUGAUGUUGAACUGUGGUAUCCAAGUCUUACUCGUAUACAAAGCCUAAAAGAAUUUUGUGCUUCUAAAUAUAAAAUAACAGAAAACUAUGACAACAAUUACGAAGAACUACGUCAUAAAAACAGGCUUGUUGUCAAGUGCCAAUUUGAACAUGGAGCAUCGGGUUGUCCCGGGCUAAUCCUUACUCAUAACACUAAUGAACCGCAUGUUGUUUUGAUGUUUGCCAGAGGAUUUCCAAACUUCUAUUACAGACGGAGCUUUGCAAGGAAAAGACAAAAAUUCCCUAGAAGCAAACUUUUUCAACAAGGAAUAAGUCUUUGUUCCAUCUACAAUGAUAUUAAAACAAAGAAUCCACAACUUUGUGAACAAAUAUUUGAAUAUGAAAUGUACUGUAAAGCUUUACCUGCAAACCAAAACAAAGGAGAAAAUAAUCAGAAGGAAUUGGAAAUACCUGCAACCGAACCAGAUAUUGAUAAUAUUCCAAGUGGGUUUAUUCCAGCUAAUACUGAAACCAUUCCGAAAAGUGUAUGUGAAUUACACAUGGAACAUAUGAGCUUUUUCUGUUGUACUCACGAGUCAAUCAUUUGUGUAGAAUGUGUUUGUAGUAACCAUAUCAAAUGCCCGGAUAUACUAACUGUGACUAGAGCUGCUAAAUAUGGGUUAUCUUCCUUGGUAGAUAGUACGGAGCAAAAACUAGAUGAGUUAAAGAAAAAGGUCGAUUUUCUAAUGCAAAAACAAAUAACAAUUCUUAAAAAAAUAGACAAGCAGUGUUUUAAGAUACAAAAAUCUUUGCGUGGAAUUGUAGAAAAUCGAACCUCUCAUUUUGAUAUUGAUACCGAGGCCGAAAAGGAUUUAAAAGGGAAACGGUCGUUUUGUUUCAAUCACGUGAAAAAUAUCACUCGGGAAUUAAAUGAAAUAAAGCAAAAUAUAGAAUAUACUUCACAAGACCUUCAGAAUAAAAAGAGCAUAGAAAAACACGAUCAGGCAUUUUACCAUUUGCAUGACAUCAAACUUGAGUUAGAAAGCAUAAAAAACCGUUUAAAUCAUAUUCAAUGCCAAGUAUUUCAAUUCAAUUGGAUUUCAGAAUUAAAAAAACACUAGAGAAUAUGUGUGAUUUUGUCUUUUGAAAGAAAAAUAGUCAUGAUCAAAUGAUAAUUACAGUCAAGAAUCAGACAGUGUUCUUUAAAUGUCAUUUCAUAUUUUAUGAAAAAUAACCGUAAAAUGUUUAAUAAUGCAAAAAUAAAA